GAGCGCUGACGCUGGCGAUGGUUGGGAGGAGUUUCACAACUGAAAGGGUUAAGCAGUUCAUUACGAUGUACGAACCGACCCUAUCGGCGCUGAGACGUUCGAGCGGGCAGGACUCGGCCGAGCGCGAACAGGUUUCGCCAGGGCUGCUUUUCGCCUUGAAGCUCAAUAGCAUAGGGUGGGGUUUCCACCGACACCAGGAAUGUAUCGCGGAUGCGUUCGCUGAACUGGGGGAGAAAAUAACCGACUUUUUAGGGACGGAAAAAAAGUAUAUUCACCGGCGACUGCAAGUUACUCCAACCGUAAAGGUUGUUUUCCCUGCUCCACCAUGGCCCACCGCUCCCAGAGUUCUUCAUUGGGAGACAACCCCCUGGAUCCCAAUUAUUUGCGUCCGCGUUACCGGGAAGAGUAUCGCAUGGCUAUUGAUGCCCUGGUGGAGGAGGACACUGAGGGCUACUACAACUUUUUACAAAGUGCUAAUAUAGUGGAUUUUUUAUCAAGGUCAGAGAUUGAGCAUAUUAAAAGCACUAUACAUUCACCACAGUGUGCUGGAAAUGUACCAGAACUGCCAUAUCGAGAAAUAGAUGAGGAUGGGUCUUCUGACACAUACUGGCCACUGCAUUCUGACUUGGAUGCACCGGGACUAGACCUUGGCUGGCCUCUGCAGCAACACUGUUUUGUGGGACCCACAGAGGUCACAAUGUUGGUAAACCCUGGUGACCCCGAAGUGCCUGGUAUUAAGGAGCAGGCACGGCGACUCAUCAAAAAUGCUCAUCAGGUCAUUGCAGUGGUGAUGGAUAUUUUCACAGAUGUUGAUAUAUUUUCUGAUCUUCUGGAUGCUACAGCACGUCAUGUGCCUGUCUAUAUCUUGCUGGAUGAACAAAAUGCCCAUCAUUUUGUUAACAUGGUGGCAAGCUUUAAAGUUAACCUGGAUAUGAUCCAUAUGAUGCGGGUACGGACAGUUGCAGGGAUUACCUAUUUCUGCCGCUCAGGGAAAUCAUUUAAAGGUCAAGUGAUGGACCGCUUUCUUCUGACAGACUGCAGAGCAGUGAUCAGUGGAAAUUACAGCUUUAUGUGGUCUUUUGAGAAGAUCCACCGCUGCAUCGCCCAUUUGUUCCUCGGAGAACUAGUUUCCACUUUUGAUGAGGAGUUUCGUAUUUUGUUUGCUCAGUCUCAGCCUCUUGUUGUUGAAAAUGCCCUUGUUCCCAUGCCACAAGAUAGUUACCUUGGCAGCCAGUUUGGCUUUAAAAGGACUCAGUCACUAAGAAAUCCCAGAGGAUAUCCUCGCCAACCUGAACUUACUGGUUACCCAUACGGGGAUCGUCUUGAGUCUUUACUACCUUUUCGGAGGGAUGACCCGUUCCGCCAUACGAUUGAACCAAGUGCAGGUGCUAUGCAGGUCACAAAAUAUGCAACACAGCAGUUCAGGAUGCAACAUUCAUUCUUGGAUCAAGGACGCUCAAUGAUGGCGUCCCAGCAGCUGGAAAUGAACGCCUUUAAGAGGCAUAGCUAUGCAGAGGGAACCCACGAGACCUACGCCUCUUCCCGGCAGUACAUGAAACAGCGUGUAAUGAACAACUUGGAGGAGAAGGAAUCGCAUUACCAGCGAGAACAACAUUACUAUCAGAGCGAGGGCAUGGGACCUGAUUCUGAGCGUGGGCCAUAUGACCGCCUUAACUAUGGCACGUACCAGACAGAUCAACAGUCUGAUUCUGCAUAUCCCCCUGAACUUGAAGCACCAGGAAAUAUGAAUGUUUUAUCCUCUGAUGACCUCAAAAGUGAUUCAGAAAAACAAUAUUACGCAGGAGGGGGACGCUAUGAUCCACAUAGCCACAAGAGGCCUGCUGCGGGCCACUCAUAUGCCUGUCAGAGUUCGCCAACUCAGCCUCAUCCUCCAGACCAGAAGCAGUUGUUCUCCUCUGGAGAGCAGGUACGCCAGUCCCAGGAUCCCAGUGUGAAGCAGGGAUUGCGGAGCUGGAGAAUAAACUCUUUUCUCAGCACUUGUGAAGAUACAGGAGAGGAGGGCCUGCAUCAGCCCAUGGGUCCUGAUACUUUUGAUGAGCCACAUCAACAACCUGACAGCAGACUUUAUGGUUCAGAGGGGCCAGGCCUUAAUUUUCCCAAUAGAGAGCGACCAAAUAUCCCAACUAAGCCAAACCUUGACUUGCGACCGCGCUUUGGUAAACCCAUAAUCCAAGAUAGGAAUCAGGUAAAAGAUAUUCUCUCUGACCUGGGUCCCACAAGUACUGAUACAUUAAAGCCAGCUAUUUCAACUUCAUCACUAGCAUCUUCAACAGACAAUGAGAAGGAGGCGGAACCAAGGGAAAUCAGCAUUACCAAGCACGAGUCGUUCCGCUCUCGAAUUAACCCAAUGUUGCAAAGGAGCUCAAGAUUACGUUCUUCUUUAAUCUUCAGCUCCUCAAAGCUGGAGCAACACAAUUCCUCGCAAGCUAAGUCUGGUGGGGAGUUACAAGAGGAGAGAGAUGAGAGUGAGCCUAUUCGAUACUCAUCCAUUGUAGCAGAGAUUCUCGAGAAGAGGAGAUCACUGUCAAGAGAGCCAUUUGAUUGGAAUAAGCAUAAAAAAGCAGAUGAAAAAGAUGUUAAAAACGCAUCAACAGGAGACCUGACUACGAUCAGAGACUCCAAAGAGGAGCCCAUCAAAGAAAAGGAGAAACCUGACAACCCUGAACCAAAGGACAACAAAGUUACACAGCCAACCAAGCCUUCGACAUCUCAGCAAACAACUUCUUCCCUAAACGUGAAUGAUCCAGCAAGCCGACUUCAGUAUUUCAAAGAUCUGGAGGAAAAGAGAAAGACCUCAAAAUUAGAGUCAGAUUUGGUUAAAAGUAAAGAAGAAGCCAUGAAAAAGCCAGAACUCUCUGAUACAGCAACCAAACUUCCAAAUGUGCUUGUUUCUUCAGAGAAGUCCACUGUAAAGACACAAGAACCCUCAUAUACACUAUCAGAUCCUGUAACACAGCACCUGGCAUUCACAUCAAAUCCAAAACCUUCUGAAGUCUGUGUGGACAGGCCAUACAUAAACAGCAAAUCUCUGACAGAGAGCACAGAACCAGCUGAUGCAGCAAAGAAAGAGCCCGCUAAGGAACCAACUAAGUCACCCCGGCCUUUCCCUUCACCCAAGUUCUUAAAACCAUUCAAAAGCUCUCAGUCCUCUUAUCGUCGGAUCUCAUGCGGUGAAGAGAUUCUCACGGAUGCGACAGAUGCUCAAAAGAGCGAGCUUAAGAAGUCCCGCAGCCUCAGCUCAUCGGGCAUGUCCCGCACAGAGUCCAAAGAAAGCCUGAGCUCCCUAAACUUUGGGAGCUCUGAUGGCAAAGAUACAAAGGCCCUUGACUUCCUCAAGAAACAAACACAGAGACUGAAAGGUUUCCUUGGGCCAAAGGGAGAAAAGAAGCACUCAGGAGUGUCCAACUCUCAAGAGGACAAGUCAAUGAAAACAGUCCCUGAGGUGCAAGAGGAUCCCUCAGACAAAGAGAAACCCUCUGAAUCCAAAUCAUCUUUAACCACAGUAGAGACCAACAAGCCCAAUGCUAAACCGACUCAAUCACGCUAUCAGUCCUCUACCUCGAAUGUAAUAUUCAGUAGCAACCUCAGGGAUGAUACCAAGGUGAUCCUAGAGCAAAUCUCAGCAAAUAGCCAGAAGAACAGACAGCAGAAUGAAGAGUCUGGGAAAAGCGAGGGGAGCAAGGAAGACGACGUUUCCAAUUCAUCCUUACAGGUUCCAAGGAACCGGUUCAGCCGAACUCCAGUCAACCCACAGGAGAGGGACAAUCUGCUGAAGAGAAUAGAGAGCAUGCGCAAAGAAAAGAAAGUCUACAGUCGCUUUGAGAUGGGGAAUAACCUGGGAUAACAAAACUUGGAGGAAGGGGCCAAUGUUCCUCACAGUGAACUGCAAAGAGAGCCUGAAACUGAACUAAAAAUUGUACCAAACAUCCCCAAUACUGCUGUGAACUGACAGAGGAGCAAGUAAGUCGCUUCAGAUAAAAGCGUCUGCUAAAUGACUAGUAACCUAAAUGGUCCAUGGAUCUCAUAUAAACACCACCAAAAUAGCACAAGCUCAAAUAUGAGGAGUCUUGCUGCAGCAGGAGAAAUAUUCCUCGCUCUGUGCCAAUCUGAGCCCACAGAUGAUUUACUUUGCCCUUAUAAGGCAUCAGGGCAUACCUCAACAGUAAUCGCACACAAUCCCUGCAGGAUAGAGAAUCACAAAAUCAGGCCAAAGGAGGGUUCGAACGUCAAGAGGCUUUUCUCAGCUUGUUCUUUUUCUACUGGACCUUUUAGUUCCUUGUGAUGCAUAUGUAUGCCAUUUUCAGCUCUGGUAAAGGAUAUUAACAUGUCAGGGCAGAACCUGAGAUAUGCUACUCUAAAGGCACUAAAACACACCCUUUGUUAAAGUACACCACACAAACAGCCCAGGACACGUCAUGCUGAAAUUAUGCUUUCGUGGUGACUGUGCCAAUGGAUCACAGGCAUAAAGGAAAACGGAGAUGGUUGGUAGACAACGCUUCAACUUUUGAAGGCAAAGAACACUGAAACUGAAAAUGACUGGAAAGUAUGUAAGGGAUGUAUGAAAAUGAAAGGAGGCUUAUUCAUUCCUUUUUUCCUCUAUUUAAACGGUGCUGUCAAGGAAAUGGAUUGAAAGCUGAGAAAGUGAUUUGGGGGAAGUUGAAU